GAGAGCUAAGCUGGUCAGCACCAACUUCCGAUGUUUCUCAGCAACACCUCCUAAAAUAACAAUAAACAGAAAUUAAUACAAAAUGGGAAAAAAAUUAAUAAAAAAUAGAUAAAAGGAGGAGAAAGGAGCAGGCGAAGAAUGAAAGGUGUUAAACAUCUCCAACUUUAGGCUUUGUUUACCUAUUUUCUCUCAUUUACACCAAACUGGUACUAGCUCUCUUUCUCUCUCUUUGUAUUUAUGUUAUGGAUAUGUAUGUCUUCUUAGUGAGUAACAUUGAUGAGAGUUUCUUGGAUGAGGAAAAGGUAGUGAAGUGAAAGUAGGGAAUUGUGAUUGUUUGAUGGGCAAUACAUGCCGUGGAUCUUUCAAAGGAAAAUAUUUUCAGGGCUUCAGCCAGCCCGAAGACCAUUCUACUUCUACUUCCAAGACCAAUACCAAUACCAAUACCGCCUCUGAUUACUCCUCUACCAGCUUAAAUUCCCAGCAGCCUACCUCCCAAGAGUUCUCCAAAGAAUACCCCAAUAAUAACAACUUACCUGCAAUUAGUCCCACCAAGAAAGAAGUCAUCAUGAAACGUGGUGUGGAGAGCCAUGCUUAUUAUGUGUUGGGUCAUAAGACUGCUAACAUUCGUGAUCUUUACGAGUUGGGUCGGAAAUUAGGACAGGGACAAUUCGGGACUACUUAUUUGUGCACGGAGAUUGUCACGGGGAUUGACUAUGCGUGCAAGUCAAUCUCAAAGAGGAAGUUGAUUUCUAAGGAGGAUGUGGAAGAUGUUAGGAGGGAGAUUCAGAUAAUGCAUCAUUUGGCAGGUCACAAGAAUAUUGUGACCAUCAAGGGUGCUUAUGAGGACCCAUUGUAUGUGCAUAUUGUGAUGGAGCUUUGUGCUGGGGGUGAGUUGUUUGACAGGAUCAUCCAGAGGGGACAUUACACUGAGAGGAAGGCUGCUGAAUUGACAAAGAUCAUUGUAGGGGUUGUUGAGGCUUGCCACUCACUCGGGGUUAUGCAUAGAGACUUGAAGCCGGAGAAUUUCUUGUUGGUUAACAAGGAUGAUGAUUUCUCUCUCAAAGCCAUUGAUUUUGGGCUCUCAGUUUUCUUUAAACCAGGCCAAAUUUUCACUGAUGUGGUUGGAAGCCCAUAUUAUGUGGCUCCUGAGGUACUCCUCAAGCAUUAUGGGCCAGAGGCAGAUGUAUGGACUGCAGGGGUCAUGCUGUAUAUAUUGCUAAGUGGUGUGCCACCAUUUUGGGCAGAAACACAGCAGGGAAUUUUUGAUGCGGUGUUGAAGGGACAUAUUGACUUUGAAUCAGAACCAUGGCCCCUAAUAUCUGACAGUGCAAAAGACCUAAUCCGGAAAAUGCUGUGUUCUCAACCUUCAGAACGCUUGAAUGCUCAUGAAGUUUUAAGCCAUCCUUGGAUAUGUGAAAAUGGAGUUGCUCCUGACAGACCAUUGGAUCCAGCCGUACUUUCUCGUCUCAAGCAGUUCUCUGCAAUGAAUAAGUUAAAGAAGAUGGCUUUACGCGUAAUAGCUGAAAGCCUUUCUGAGGAGGAGAUUGCUGGUUUGAGAGAAAUGUUUACGGCAAUGGAUACUGAUAACAGUGGUUCAAUUACGUUUGAUGAACUGAAAGCUGGUUUGCGAAGAUAUGGCUCUACCUUGAAGGAUACAGAAAUACGUGAUCUUAUGGAAGCGGCUGAUAUUGACAACAGUGGGACUAUCGACUAUGGGGAAUUUAUAGCUGCAACAGUUCAUCUUAAUAAACUAGAACGUGAGGAGCAUCUCAUUGCAGCAUUUCGAUACUUUGACAAGGAUGGAAGCGGUCAUAUUACAGUUGAUGAGCUCCAGCAAGCUUGUCAAGAUCAUAACCUAAGUGAUGUUAUUAUUGAAGAUAUAAUAAAAGAAGUUGAUCAAGAUAAUGAUGGAACAAUCGAUUAUGGUGAAUUUGUUGCUAUGAUGCAAAAGGGCAAUGCUGGAAUUGGAAGACGAACUAUGCGAAACAGUCUGAAUUUGAGCAUGAGAGAUGCCCCUGGUGCUCAUUAGCCCCCAACAAGUUUAUCAUGUAUAGGUUGUACAGCAAAGCCAGAAGAAAAUUAGUGAUGAAGCUCUGAGAAACAUAUUUGAUUCUUCCCUAGUUCCGAAACCUUAUCAUGUCAAACACAGGAUUAGGGUCUUAGAUGUUCUGUGCCUGAACAUUUAUUGAGUGAUGCCUUUAUGAUGAUGCUGUAUGACCGAAGAAAAUUUUUAUAAGCUUUGUAGACUUCAGAGUGAAGUGUUCUAGUUUCUAAAUUAGUGUGCACUGUUUUCAUUUGGGGGUUUCUGUUCAUAUACUUUGCUUUGAUUCUGAGGAUGUAAAUUUAUAUUUUCUUUUGAAUGUAGUCUUGGGCGAAUUGAGAGCCCUAUUUUGCCUC